GUACAUACUACAUCUCGAGAUACUCACACUUCAAGCCGUCUCCUCGAAUCGCUUCUCGAAGGCAAGCUUGUUAGUAAACAAAGCUUAUGGCUACCUAAGUAGCUCGCCCCACCGAUUCGGUUAGAAGGGCUUCACGAUGGGAAUUAAAGGUAUAUACAAGGAAAUCGGACCUGGCAAGCGGAUAUCUCUCACGAAACUUGCCGUCGAAAAGCUCGAAGAAACAGGCCGUCCCUUCCGCCUUGCCAUAGAUAUUUCUAUAUGGCAAUUCCAAGCUCAGGCCGCUCGAGGUGGCUCGAACCCUGCUAUUCGCACUCUUUUUUACAGACUUGUACGACUACUGGGCCUUUCCAUACAGCCUAUUUUCGUUUUUGAUGGCCCCAACAAGCCAGCUUUCAAGCGGAACAAGCGGUCUGGCCGAGGUGAUGGCGUCGCCACCUCUAUGGCAAAACGAAUGAUCAAACUGUUUGGCUUCAAAAUUCAUGAUGCUCCCGGAGAAGCAGAAGCAGAAUGCGCCCUCCUUCAACUAACAGGCAUUGUAGAUGCGGUGCUCAGCGAAGAUGUCGAUACUAUCAUGUUCGGAUGUACGCGGACGCUAAGGAAUUGGUCAUCCGAAGGCACCAAGGGGAGUAAAACCCCAACUCACGUUUCCAUGUACGACACCGAAGAGCUUCGGAAGGGAGAGACCGGCUUAGAUCGAGAGGGAAUGGUGCUAGUUGCGCUGAUGAGCGGUGGUGACUACCUUCCAGAAGGUAUUCCCGGUGCCGGUGUUAAGUUGGCUUGCGAAGCUGCUCGAGCCGGGUUCGGAAAGACUCUCUGUAGACUGAAGAAAUCCGAUACGUCCGAAAUAGCCAGUUGGAAGGAAUGGUUGACCUUCGAGUUACGGCAUAACGAGAGCGGCUUCUUCAGAACGAGACAUAAGGCUCUAUCUGUACCUGAGAGCUUCCCAAAUUUCGACGUUCUCGGAUAUUACACUCACCCUGUAGUAUCGCGUGUAUCGGCCCUUGAUAAAUUGAGAGGCCAAUCCUGGGAUCAUCCUGUUGACGUUCAAGGGUUGCGCGAAUUCGUGCGAGAAACUUUUGACUGGACUUAUCGAAUAGGGGCUAUCAAGUUUAUCAGAGUUCUGGCACCGUCUUUAUUAGUACGAAAGAUGAUGUCCCGAAAUACUCAAGGCGACGAGGGGACAAAACCCAUUGAGAUCCUAGAAAAUGAAGAGUCAGAAUUAGUCAGGUCGAUCACAAGCAAACGCGCUCAUUUUAGCACGGAUGCCACUCCAGAACUACGAAUAUCAUUUAUUCCAACUAAGAUUGUCGGCUACGAUUUUCAAGAAGAACCGGACGAGGUAAUAGAAUAUGGGCGAGAUGGCUUGGCACUCAAUAGCGAUGACGAAUUCGAAGCUAUGGCUGAGGAAGAGGGGGCAGACGCUGUCACGAAGACCAGCAAGAAACCGUUCAAUCCAACUGAGCCAGAUCUAUCUUGGAUACCAGUGACCAUAGGGAAACUCGGGAUACCUAUCACAGUUGAGGACUGGGAAGAAGCCCAACGUGCUAAGGUCGCCAAGGUCGCAGCUCGGCAAAAGCUAAAGACCACGAAGCAAAAGAAGCCUGUGAGCACAACCGCCAGUCUAGAUAAGUUCGUCAAGACCACGAAGAACAUCCCGCAAGGUAGAGUAACGGAUAAAGUCGACGCGCAGAUACUCUCGGGACCAUCGUCUCCAGCCCGGACUGGGAUAUCACUUGGUGCCUCCGUAGUCCCUUCACAGAGUCUGCCACCCCUUCUUUCCUCCAGCCAAACAUCACACAAAGCGAGGCCCACAAGACCUAGUAAGCAGUCCAAAUCCAAGUCCAAUCCUAGGAAUGCAUCCCCAGCAUCGAGGCCGGACCCGAGUAUCAAUCCCUGGACGAUCGCUGGCUCACAGACCAGUCCCAGGGUUACCAAGACCAAGUCCACAAAAGUUUCCGAGACAGUUACUAUAUCCUCUAGCCCCCCUGCGUCGCCUGCCGCGAGUCACCAUUCCUCUGUGACCCCAACGAGAUCGCCUUCAGCGAAUAAUAGACUACUGGGUCGCCGAACGGGAGUAAGAGCCCUUAGUCCGUCGCCAAUGUCAAGCGAGAAGAAGCCAGUACGAAAAUUGGCCAGGACGGAAACGUUGCCGGCAACACGGUCACCUACAGAAAGUAAGGGCAGUACACGACAAUUCUCGCGAGCACGGACUGUAGCAAUCGAAACUGUACAAAUUCUAGACUCGGAAGACGAUGAUGAUUUUGAUCUGCCACCACUUAGUAGUGUUGUCGGCAGACUUCCUAAGCGCUCCAGCAAAAGUCCGUUCAACCGUUCCAGUGUAGCCGAAGAACAGGCAUCUCCACAGCAGACGAAGCAGAAGCAGAGCCCGGAAACGCAAGUAACCAAACAAGCCACGCUAGACAGUACAUUCGGUAUCACUAAGCGGACGACAAAGCUGUUUAUGCCUCGUAAAAGCGAACCAGGGUUCUUCAGGGAGUUGGAGGUCGACGUCGAUAAAGCUGAUGAGCUGCUGGCGAAAGCUCGGGAGCUGGAUGGCAUGGGAGCUAAGGGUGGUAGGGCAACGGCAUGGAGGCUUAGUGAUCUUUCGUGCAUCGAUUUGACAGGCGAGGAUUAGGAUUCGUCUCGAUGGUCAGGGUACCACUAAUUCAGAAUAUCGACGGUUGGCAUUACGUCAACGCAAUCGGGGGUGAGCUUUUUUUUAAUCGAACGGAUGGUUUGGGCGACAUUUGCAUAACGGAAAUCGGAAAUUCAUGGACGC